ACGCGUCUUCCUCCAGAAGUCAACCGUGUGCUCCUUGUUAAGAAUCUUCCUUAUACAAUUACUGCGGAGGAAAUGUACGAUAUUUUUGGAAAGUAUGGUGCAAUAAGGCAAAUACGUAUAGGCAAUACACCAGAAACUAAAGGCACCGCUUUGGUUGUUUAUGAAGACAUUUUUGACGCUAAAAAUGCAUGCGAACAUCUUAGUGGAUUCAACGUCUGUAAUCGUUACUUAGUUGUAUUAUAUUAUCAAAGAAAUAGGGUGAGUUUUUAUGUUAGCUAUGUCUUUGUUUGUUUUCUAUGCUUAUAUUAA